AUGAGGCCUUCUUCCCUAGCUUUCCAUAUCUUAAAUCUUGCACUAUGCUGCUCCUCGCUGGUACAAGCUGCUGAUUCAAACUAUGAGCGCGUUGAGCAAUUGGAGAAUGUACCGGAGGGCUGGUCAAGAGGAAGCAGACCUUCAGUCUCAAUGCUAAUGACAUUCAAUCUGGCAAUCUUCCAAAGUAACGCUGCAGAAUUUGAACAAAAAUUGAUUGGCCUGUCAACUCCGGGACAUGCAACAUACGGUCAGCAUAUGACAAGAGAAGAAGUGAACGAGUUUCUGCGUCCACACCCAUCUGUUUUAGGUCGAGUUCUCGCAUGGCUGAAAUCAGAAAAUGUCCCUGCCAGCUUCAUCGAAGAAGAAGGCAACUGGAUAAAAUUCACAGUUCCAAUUGUCCAGGCUGAGCAAAUGAUGAAAACACGAUUUUUCUACUUCCAUCAAUAUGCCCAGAAAAGUACCGCCAUCCGCACCCUUGGUUAUUCAGUGCCUAGUGAUAUCCAUCCAUAUGUCCAAUUGAUUCAACCAACGACUCGGUUCAGCAACCUCGGGUCUCUGAAAACGUCUCGCUUAAUCCAACCAAAAGUUGCAAGUCCUGAAGACCUGGCCGCUGGAUGUCGCAGAGUGAUCACACCAGCCUGCAUUCGAGACCUGUAUGGCAUUGGGAACAUGACUACCAGACCAAGCCGGCAAAAUAUCCUUGGGAUAUCUGGUUACUUAGACCAAUACGCUCGAUACCGGGAUUUUGACCAUUUCAUGGCCCAUUACGCCGCGGAAAAUACAAACAACUUCACCGUGGUUUCAAUUCAUGAUGGACAGAAUGACCAGAACUCUUCACUUGACAGCACUGAAGCCAGCUUAGAUGUGCAGUACGCCAUUUCCCUCGCAGAUGCAGUGAGAGCGGCCUUCUACACCACCGGUGGACGAGCUCCUAUAAUCCGAGAGGUUGGCCGGAUAAAUGGCACUGAGUCCACGAAUGAGCCCUACCUCGACCAACUACAUUAUUUGCUCAGUCUCUCGGACCACGAACUUCCAGCGGUACUUUCAAACUCAUAUGGAGAAGAUGAGCAGAGUGUUCCAGAAUCAUAUGCAAAUGCAACUUGCAGUCUGUUCGCCCAGCUCGGCGCGCGCGGUGUUACAGUGCUGUUCAGCAGUGGGGAUUCAGGGCCUGGAGGUUCUUGCCUGAGUAAUGACGGGCAGAACCGAACCAAAUUCCUACCUGAAUUUCCAUCUUCUUGUCCGUUCGUCACAUCCGUUGGAGGAACGCACGACACCGACCCCGAAAUUGCAAUUUCCUUCUCUGGUGGUGGAUUCUCGGAUCUUUUCCCACGUCCAACGUACCAGGACACUGCAGUGGAUGGCUAUCUCAGUAAACUGGGAAGUCAAUGGAGUGGAUUAUACAAUCCCCAGGGAAGAGGCAUUCCCGAUGUAGCAGCCCAGGCGAGUAACUUCGUGGUUCGAGACCAUGGAAGUUGGGCGUUGGUCGGUGGUACAAGCUAA